CAGACGGAGCACUACUGAGGGGCUGUCUGAUAAAACGGGACUGGCUGAGACUAGUUCUGGGACGUGAUUUGGAAAGAUAACGCUACAUACCGGAAGCUUUGGGAACGUCUUCCUGGCUGGAAACAAAAACACCACAGAGAGUGCUAAAAUCACAGGGACAGCCACAGUAACCUGUGUAACAUGGAUCCACCAGCCGCGAAGCGUCGGACAGUUAUCCGCCACCGUCGAGUUUAGCUUCUCACAGCUGCAGUUGGACUUCAACGGCGGCGGCGGCACCUCGGGGCGCGCUGAAGCCACGGGAAUCUUUGUUCGCGUUUUUUUUUCAUGGGACACAACCGGGCUUCGCUUCCACUUUGUCGUUCUUUUACCUCAGUGACAGCACUCCCCUCGGUUGGUAUCGACUGGCCACCGUGGUCCCCGCAUCUUAUGGACUCCCAGCAGUAGUUUUUUGGCUUUUCUGUCGGUCGGUCCUGCUCUGACGGACGCGGCAAUCAUGUUUGCCGUGCGCAUCGUCACCGCAGACUACUACCUGGCAAGACCCAUUAAAGACUUGGACGUCUGCUAUUCUGAAUUCAGGGAGAGCGACGUGAAGAAAGUGCCGGUGGUGCGGAUAUUUGGAGCAACACCCGCAGGUCAGAAGACGUGUCUUCACCUCCAUGGCGUGUUCCCUUACAUCUACGUGCCAUACGAUGGCUACGGGCAGCAGCCAGAACGCUACAUGCGGCAAGUGGCCUUCAGCAUCGACAGGGCCCUCAACGUUGCCAUGGGAAACCCUGCCUCCAGUACCCAGCACGUCUUCAAAGUGGUGCUGGUCUCUGGCAUGCCUUUCUAUGGCUACCACGCCAAGGAGAAGCACUUUAUGAAGAUCUAUCUGUUCAAUCCUCAGAUGGUCAAAAGGGUGUGUGAGCUGUUGCAGAGCGGAGCAGUGAUGAGCAAGAGUUACCAGCCCCACGAGGGCCACAUCCCCUACCUGCUGCAGCUCUUUAUGGACUACAACCUGUACGGCAUGAACCUGGUCAACCUGGGGGCCGUCAAGUUCCGCAGGAGCCAGAGCAAAGAAGUCCCAGACAGGCAAACGCCCAGCAGUCAUCCCAGCAUCAGCCCCUGGAAGAGCCCCUGCGCCUCCAAGCUCAAUGACAGCACCUUAGGGGGCACGUUUGUCCGCUGGGAGGAGAACGCCAUACCCUGCUCCUUAGUCCUGGAUGAGGUGGAGAAACAGAGCACCUGUGAGCUGGAGGUCGACGCCGUGGCUGUAGACAUCCUCAACCGCCUGGAAAUUGAAAAUCAGAUUGGCAGGAACCCGGGCCUGCAGGCCAUCUGGGAGGACGAGAAGCAGAGGAGGAGGGAGAAGAACCAGGCCACCCAGAUAGAAACCCCUGAGUCGCAAGAUCGUGGGUUUGUCGCCUCGACGGAGAGCGAGAAAAUCUUCAUGAAGAGACUGAAGGAGAUUCUGAAGGAGAACGAGUUUGACGUGACACAAGCGUUGUCUGUGGCUGACGGGGAGGAGGACCAAGACGAUUUUCCCGGUGACCUUACUCUCCAUCCUGACCCCCGGGCUUCAGAGGAGCUGCUGUCUACCCCCGCUAAUGCUGUGGAGGUGCACAGGGACUCACGGCCAGACUUUGCGAGGAGCAGUGGCACAGUCCCAGAGGAGGCUGUGGUUAAUGAGGAGGCCAUGCUGAGUCUCCUGGAGAACAGUCAGACCUUCCUCCCGCUCUCCCAGUCCAGCCAAUCACCUCUGUUAGACAGCAGCCAAGACCAUGCCAUCAUCAAUUUGCUGGCAGGCCUGGAGGAUGACGGCUUCUGCAGGACCCCUGUUAGGCAGAGUUCCCAGUCCCAGUCUCUUCCUGGUGCCAGGAGCUACCACUGCAACAGUGACGAGGAGGAAGCCGGACCGGAGAUGGACAAGGAAGAGGCCGAGCUCAGCGUGAUAAUGUCACAGCGGUGGGACAGCGAGGCUCCAGAGAGUUCGGCCUUACCAAGGCCUGGUGUGAAGGAGGCGGAGGACGGCUUCAGUGAGGAGCAGCAGGAGUCCUCUGAUGAAGACAUGGAGUGGAGUGGGAAUAGCUCCGUGUUCGCCAACCUGUCCAUCCCUCAGCUCGACGGGGCAGCAGACGAGAACAGCGAUUCAUCCUUAACGGACAGUAAUUCCAGGACCCAGUCUUCUCUCAUAGUCACAGAAAAGAUGCUUGGGAAAAGAAACCCCUUCCCUGGAGAGACUGUACACCUGGAACCACCUUCUUCAGCGAAGAUCCUUCUGGAGUGCAAGCACCAUGAGCACAGACCAGUUCAUGUUCUGGACACAGAGCAAUCACUUGACAAGCACUUUCAAUCAAAAAGCAGCCAGGACAGCAGUAGUGAAUGUUCAACAGGGUUCAAGGUUAAUAAAGAAAUCCCCUACAUCCCACCAGUCAAGCACCCUAUCCCCUGCAAACUAGCCAACCACCCCGAGGUGUCUCCCAUCUGUGUAGACAAAGAGGACAUCCGACCCCUGUACACCUAUGACAAGAAAACCUCUAUAGCCUUGGAUAAGACAGAUCUAGAAAGUUUCCCAUUUGGUAAUGGAAAGGUCACCAAAAGCAGGAAGAAGUACGGCAGCAUAAAGAAUGUAGAAACAAACUGUCUGUCCAUUCUUCAGAACCACAGGACCUUCUCUCUCUGUUACUCAGAGCUGAGGAACUGCUCCGCAAAGACAGAGCUGGAACUGAGCCAGAAGGACGGCAAAAGCCCCAUCCUGAGGAACAUCACCUCAGCCCCGUCGCCCAUGGAGGAGGACGAGUUCCUUGAUCCUAAGAAGGAAGAACUGGGCCACGAUACUGAGGAGGGAGAUGUUGGUGAACUCAAAAUCAGGUACGAGGACUAUCAGGAAAACAAGACUGAGAGGACUAUCGUGGCCCAGCAGGAAGCACACUACAAGUUCUUUCCCAGCGUCAUCCUCUCCAACUGCCUCAGUAGGAAGAAAACUGGGGGCAAAAAGAUUAUUGACUCCUGCAGUAAACUGGUAGAGGCCCAGCCUCGCAGGUCUAGACUAAAAGUGAAUAAAAAAAGGUUAGGAAUGGCCGGACUGAGGAACAACUUAAGCACAGUUGAAAGCUCUACCUCUGACAGCCUCGUUAGCACUAGCUUCACCUCAGUCACGUCUGCUUGUCCACAGACUGUGGACGCAGAGAUGCCAAUUUCAGAUGAAAAGUCAAAAGAGGCUGAGCCAGUGAAAGAUGGGCCCGUCACAGAGGGAAAGCCAAUCACGAAAGAGGAGCCAGAAGCAGUAAAUGAAAGGACAGAGCCACCUUCAGAGGCCCCUACUACAAACUCCACCACUGUUUCCUGUUUUUCUGAAGAAACUAAAGAGACAGCAGAGGAUAGGUUGAGCCCACUGCAAGAUUUAUCUGCUGAAGUCACCUGUACCAAACCUUCAGCACUGCCUGGUAGUAAAUACACCCUGAGGGCCAAACGGAAGAUGAUCUAUGAAGGUGAGGAUGGAGAAUACUCAGGUUCCACUCGUUGUAAAAACCCAGCCUCUGUCAAAGACAGCAAGCUCAAGGACAGGAAUGUGCCCAGUGGGCAGGAAGUAAAGUACCAGAAACGGCGCAAGAAAGAACCCCCUAUCAUCAUCAAGUACAUUAUUAUCAACAGGUUCAAAGGACAGAAAAACAUGCUGGUGAAGAUGUCCAAAGUGAAUGCAGAGGAGCAGCUAGUGGUGCUGACACCCGAUAAGCUAGAACUGUACAAUAAACUGGCUCCACUCAAGGAUUUCUGGCCCAAGGUGCCAGAAUCCACUGCAGUCAAGUUUCCUGUCACUGAGCCAAAGGCCAAGAAACAUCCCAAACGAAAGGCAAAGGUCAACUCCGCAAAUAAGAAAACAGUCAGCAACUCGUCCAAGCCUCGAGUCAGACAGGGUCAAUGGGUCAAAAGGAAUAAAGGCUGUCAGAGAGGGCCAGUUCUGCCCUCUCUGCCGCCCCCUCGGCCCUGUUACUGCGAGCUAGCCGAUGACCAUGACACUGAGUACGCUGAUGUCAUGGUAGAGUUGGGGUACCUCUCCGAUAGAUCCCCAAGCCCGACAGACUCAACACCCCCGCGUUGUUGGUCCCCAAGUGACCCUAUUAUGGACAGCUCAGAGCAGCUGAUAAACCCACUCAGUGACCCAUGUCUUAGUUCAGCUUUUCACAAGCCACGCACUGUGUCUUCAACCAAAGUAGCACAAAAUAAGUGUCCAACUGCCAGAUCUAGGAAAACUGCAGAUAGUAAAAGGAAAGUAAGCAAGUCAGCAACUAAGCCUGCAGAGGAAGGAGAGCCCAAAAAAGAGAAAUUAAGACAGAGUAGUGGUGUUGCUCCAAGACAGAGAAAGAAAGCGAAAAAUGUAGCUGAAGGUACUGUCAACAGUUCUACAACCGCCCCAAAACCUAAAAGGUCUCGCAAAAAGAAGACAGAGGAACCUAAAAGCCAUGAGUUAAGUAAAGACAGCUCUCAGCUCCUUUUCCCAGAGGAUGAGCUACCUCCCUCUGAGAGUUCCUCUCAAGAGGUCCCUCCAUUUCAGCAGCCAGUGAGCACAGAUUGCAACAGCCAGGACAGUUCUCAGACUGCAUCUACACCAAACACUAACUCAGUGGCCCAGUCUAUAGAGCCAAAGGUUGAGGACUAUGAGACUUCAAUCAUGGAGGUCAACCAAAGCUUUUCACCACCGGUUCAGCUGAAGCAACAAGGUUGCCAGACCACUGUGGUAAAGGCAGAGGUUUCGCAGGAGGAGUGCACAGCUCCUCCACCUCUUCUGGCUGGAAUGCUCUUACUGGAAGACAGGAAAGAUGCCCAGGCACCAGUAGCCUCCUCACACUCAGGCCCUAAGAACGGGGAGAUCCCCACUCUUUGUGAGACCCCGUCUGGCUUGGCUGUCCUCAAGCAGCUUCUCCAGAGGAGGCAGCAGGGACAGGCCCUUCCUUUACAAGUUGUUGGUACGGACAACCACUGCACUGCCAUCGCUCAGGCCGCAGCACUACUAGAUCCUACAACUAAACCAGCUAAAUCCAGAAAACCUUCUUCCGCCGCUCAGCGUAAAGCCAGGGCCCCAAAAACUACCGCUCCCAAGGAUAAAAAGCCCAGAAUUAGGAAAGGCAAGAUAAGCAGCACUCAGCCAAAUCUGACAGUGAAGCAGGAGGGCAACAUGUCAGAUGACUGCCCCCUCUUUCUGUCAGACCCAGGCCUGGAGACUUGCAACCUGGUAGAGGACAGUUUGUCACCAGAGCUCCCACACAACUAUACCUUUGAUAUAAAUGCUAUCGAUCAGACUGAGUUCUCCAGCCCAUACAGUGGUAGCCAGUUCGUCCUGACUGAUAAAAAUUUGCCCCUUAAGUUCCUGAGUGAUGUAAGCCAGGAGGCUGUAUCUGCUCAGACACUGGGCUGUGAGAAGAAACUGGAUAAGCUGCUUGGUUGUGGGGAGGAGCUUCAGAGGGGCUCUGAGUGGCACAAAGCAAGGCCUGUCAGCCCCGACCUCUUUGGCAGACCUGAGAACAAGGAGUCUGUAUCAAACCACCUCACAUUCAUCGAGUCUGAGAGACUCAAGAGCAGAGAGUGGGACUUCUCUUUCUGCAAAGCUCAUACCCCCAGCCCCUUUCAGGACUUUCACUGUGAGAGAAAAGAACUGCUCUUUUCUGUCUUCGAUCCUGUUCUACCGCUCCCCUUAAGCUCAGCGUCCUUUGUUGACCAUGAGGGCUCACCAACAGGGGAGCUUCUGGAGGGCAUCGAUGGACUGACUACAUCCACUACACCCAGUAGCUCUCCCCGCUCCGUCGGCUCGCUAUCCCAGGUGAGGGCAAGCCAGCUGCUGCGGGGAACGGGAGCUGGAGCCCACAUCCUCAAGCCCCUCAUGUCCCCUCCAAGCCGGGAGGAGAUCAUCAACACUCUGCUGGACCUGGAGAUGUCGGAGGCUACCUUUCAGGAGCCCUUCUGCAGCGACCCUUCUGAUGCCCCAGGGAAACCAAUGGAGGUUGGUGGCCGCAAGCUAACCGUGGGUACCAGACUGGCUAAGGAGCUAGCAGAGUUCAGCGGAGACCUGUCCUUGGAGGGCCUCCAUUUCUGGAAGACAGCCUUCUCAGCCAUGACGCACCCCGCCGCCACUUUUACCUCAUCCUCCCAAGCCCAGGGAGGUGAGGCCUCAGAGGCAAGUAAAGAGCAGGCCAAGCCCAACCCUUCCUCAACCAGCGCCAAAAAAGUCGUUCUCCUGCCCUGCAAAAACCCACCAAGCCGAGAGAGUGUGCAUCUGUGGCUGGAAGCGAGGAAACAGUAUGAGUAUCUACAAAAAUGGAGGAGAGACACAGGGCUGCGGCUGAACGGGAAGGCUGGAAUGGAUGUUGAGGAGGAGAACCCAGAGAGAACUGGGCAGCCAUCUGCUUCCUGCUGCCCGGCAGUGAAGGUUGAGCUGUGUGGGAACCUUUCCAGUGUCAGGACUCCGAGGAGAAAGAAACUGAGCUUGUCCUUGAUCAUAUCUCCUAUGAAGAGUACAGGCUCUCCGAGUAAAUCCUCAGAGGCAAGUCCAGUUUCAGAUGAAGGUGCUGUGGCUCUUGAGAAGGAGGAGCUAGAAGAAGAUGAUGACGAUGAUCAUCAAACCACCUCUCCAGAGUCCCCUGAGCUGCCUCCAUGGCAGCAGUCCUGUCAGUCCAGCCCCUCAGGCCCAGACCGGCUCAGCCAAAACAGGCAAAGUGAAAACUCUCCAGAACCACUGUCACCAAGGCUCUCUGAGAGAUUAGGAGGGAACCACAGUCCCUCACCCCUCCAUGUUAGUAACAGAGAAGAGGGCAGGACGAGUCCCCAUCUCCAUCACAGCACCCCUUUCUUACGGAGGUGGCGGAAAAGCAAGGAAGAUCUGGAGCCAGUGUGCAGCACGCCCAUAUCUGAGGAGAAUCCAGCUUCUCAGAGACUCCAGCAGAGGAGGAGGAGCCAGGCAGACCCACUGAGACGAGUGUUACUGACCACACAGACAAAGAACCAGUUUGCUGCUUUGAAUGUGCCAAAGAAAGAUAACUCUCAGAUCGAAGGGCCCAGCAUAGCCAACUCCUAUGGCUUCAAAGUCAGCAUGCAGAACUUACAGGACGCCAAAGCUCUGCAUGAGGUCCAGUACCUAACACUGAUGAGCAUGGAGCUCCAUGCGAGAAGCCGUCGUGACCUCGAACCUGACCCCGAGUUCGACCCCAUAUGUGCCUUAUUCUACUGCCUCAGUUCUGACGCUCCUCUGUCAGAUGUGGACGGCACGCAGCUGACUGGAGCCAUCGUGGUGGACAAAGACUAUCAAAGCUGUGACCGAGGUCACAAAACAGCGCCCCUGCUGGUCAGGUCGGGCAUCUCUGGGCUGCAGGUGAAAUAUGCCACUGAUGAGAAGAUGCUGUUUCAGGAGCUGAUCACUAUCAUGAGGAGGUUUGACCCGGACAUCCUGCUGGGAUACGAGGUGCAGAUGUCUUCUUGGGGCUACCUUCUCCAGCGUGCCGCGGCCCUCGAAGUGGACCUGUGUCAGCAGCUGUCACGAGUGCCAGGCGACUCCAAAGAGAACCGCUUCGCUGCAGACAGGGAUGAGUACGGCGCCGACACCAUGACGGAGAUCAACAUCAUAGGACGCAUCACCCUCAACCUGUGGCGGGUGAUGAAAACCGAGGUGGCGCUGAACAACUACAGCUUUGAGAACGUGGCUUUCCAUGUGCUCCACCAGCGCUUCCCCCUGUACAGCCCCCGCACGCUGUCCGACUGGUUUGACCACAACACCGACUUAUACAGGUGGAAGAUGGUCGACCAUUACAUGAGCCUCGUGCGCGGCACCAUGCAGCUUCUCCAGCAGCUGGACAUCAUCGGCAGAACCAGCGAGCUGGCCAGGCUGUUUGGGAUUCAGUUCCUCCACGUUCUGACCCGAGGAUCACAGUACCGCGUCGAGUCCAUGAUGCUGCGCGUGGCCAAGCCUCUGAACUACAUCCCCGUGACGCCCAGCAUCCAGCAGCGAGCCCAGCAGAGGGCACCGCAGUGCAUCCCGCUGGUGAUGGAGCCCGAGUCGCGCUUCUACAGCAACUCGGUGGUCGUGCUGGACUUCCAGUCGCUCUAUCCCUCCAUCGUCAUCGCGUACAACUACUGCUUCUCCACCUGCCUCGGCCACAUGGACAGCCUGGGAACGCCGGAUGAGUUUAAGUUUGGCUGCACCUCCCUGCGGGUUCCUCCUGAGCUCCUCUACCAGCUGCGAAAUGACAUCACCGUGUCACCCAACGGCAUCGCCUUCGUCAAGUCCUCAGUGCGUAAAGGGGUCCUGCCCAGCAUGCUCGAAGAAAUCCUCAACACCAGGAUCAUGGUGAAGCAGUCCAUGAAAACCUACAAGCAGGACAAAGCCCUGAUGAGGCUGCUCGACGCCCGACAGCUCGGACUCAAGCUCAUCGCCAACGUCACCUUCGGCUACACCGCGGCCAACUACUCUGGACGCAUGCCCAGCGUGGAGGUUGGAGACAGCAUCGUUCACAAAGCCAGAGAGACCCUGGAGAGAGCCAUCAGGCUGGUCAACGACACGAAGAAGUGGGGAGCGCGUGUUGUGUACGGCGACACCGACAGCAUGUUUGUUUUGCUGAAGGGAGCCACCAAAGAGCAGGCCUUCAAGAUCGGCAACGAGAUCGCAGAGGCAGUGACCGCAACCAAUCCCAAGCCUGUCAAACUCAAGUUUGAGAAGGUGUACCUGCCCUGCGUGCUGCAGACAAAGAAGCGCUACGUGGGCUACAUGUAUGAAAGCCUUGACCAAAAGGAACCCGUGUUUGAUGCCAAAGGGAUCGAGACAGUGCGCCGCGACGGCUGCCCUGCUGUUUCCAAGAUUCUGGAGCGGUCCAUCAAGCUGCUGUUCGAGACGCGGGACAUCAGCCAGGUGAAACAGUUCGUGCAGCGUCAGUGUCUCAAGGUUCUGGACGGCCGCGCCAGCAUGCAGGACCUGACCUUCGCCAAGGAGUACCGAGGCAGCGGCUCGUACCGGCCCGGAGCCUGCGUCCCCGCACUGGAGCUCACCAGGCGCAUGAUGGCGUACGACCGCCGGCUGGAGCCACGCGUCGGGGAGCGCGUGCCCUACGUGGUCGUGUACGGAACGCCCGGCGUGCCCCUCAUCCAGCUGGUGCGCCGGCCCACAGAGGUCCUGCAGGACCCCAGCCUCCGCCUCAACAGCUCCUACUACAUCACCAAGCAGAUCCUGCCGCCGCUGGGCCGCAUGUUCCAGCUGAUCGGGGUGGACGUGUUCAGCUGGUACCAAGAGCUGCCCAGGAUCCAGAAAGCGUCCGGCCCCUCGGGGGUGGGUGGAGAGGAAGUGGGGAGGAAGGGAACCAUUUCUCAGUACUUCACCUCGCUUCACUGCCCCGUGUGUGAUGAGCUGACCCAGCUGGGCGUGUGCUCUCGGUGUCGCGCCGACCCACAGCGAGUCGCCGUGACGCUCUACCAGGACAUAAGACAGUGGGAGAGUCAGCAAGACCAGCUGCUGAAGAUCUGUAGGAACUGUAGCGGCUGUGCAGAGCGGCAGGUCCCCUGUGUGUCCCUGGACUGUCCUGUCCUUUACAAGCUGUCUCGGGUCAACAGACAGCUCUCCAAGGCCCCCUACCUCCGACAGCUGCUGGAGCAGUUCUGAAUUGGCUCCCGAACGGCGGCGCUCCCUGCUCAUUUGGUGCUAAUUGCCCCUCACCCCUCUCACCCCCCUCACCCUACUCACCCCUCAUCUCAGUGUUCGAUUGUCCGUUGGGUUGUAAUAGUUGAAAUGGUGCUUGGAUUUGAACCCUGUUGGGUUUUCAUUCUGUCUUGUAACUGUUAUUUGUUAUACAAGUAUUUCUCUGCAUGUGCAGACAGUCUGGUUUGAGCCUCUUUGUGGGGAAGGCGGUGUGGGGACUCCCCCCCCAACUCCCACCCUCACCCUUUAGGGCUUGUGUUUGUUCUCAUGCUUGUUUGCUGCCAUUCUCCAUUAGCUGCUAUGGGCUGGGUGAAGCUGGUGUCUUCGGUGAUGCAGCUCACAGACUUGCCUGUCAUGGAACUAAGUGCAGUCCAAUCAAGGAUGACUUGUUGUGUCUUGUUUGCGCUGUAGCAGUUUGAGGUUAUCGUUGUUUUAUUUUUUUUAAGGAACUCCUUACAGAUCUCAAGCCAACCUACAUUCAAACCACUGAUCGACUUCAUUUUUAUAUGACAGCUGCAGUCGUGUAAAUACUUCCUGUAUAGCUCCAUCUAUAAUAUCUGACCGUGCAUUAGCAUCAGAGAAACUGAAGCUCCGGCCAUGAAUGCAGUCAAAUCUGUGUUUUAACGCCAUGUUUCGUUUCCCAUUCACCUUGAUUGUAUUGAUGUCCAUUUUUGGCAGAUGGGACACUUCACGCUCCGUCUACAGAGCGUGGGAAACUGGAAACCAGUUCAUUUUUUUUUUUUUUUUUUUUAAACAAAUCUGGGACUGUUGCAAUACUGUAUUUUGAUAAUUUAUGUCAUGAAGAGUCUAUUAUUUCCUUGUGCAUAUAUGGUUUUGUGUAACGUUUCCGAUUUUCUGUGCAAAGCAAAAUUCAAAAAAAACAAAAACAAACAAAGAUCAAACUACAUCAAGAUCUGAUCUUCAACUCCCAGUACAGCUGUACACAUCUGUAUGUGUGCACAUCUGUAUGUGUACAGCUGUACACAGGACCUGUGUAUUUGUAUA